UCGCGUUGCUUCCUCCCCUCGAACGAACCCCGCGGAGGCAACCACCACCAAGUCUACUCCCCGUCCACGCCAAUCCCCCACCUCCUCCGCCGCCUGCACCUCGUCGUCGCCGGCCUCCAUGAUGAAGGACAAGAUGAAGGAUCUCAUGAAGAAGGUCACCUCCUCCUCCGCCCCGUCCUUCAAGGGCCCCUCCCACGUCCUCGGCUCCGGCCCUCCCCCCUCCGCCUCCACCUCCUCCUCCCGCCCCUCUCAAACCAACCCUAACCCCAACCCCAGGCCCGUCCCCAAGCAGCAGCCCCCGCGCCCGGCCGGCCCCUCCGAAUUCACCCCCUUCACCGCCGUCAUCUCCUCCUCCUCCUCCCGCCGCCCAGAUGCCAACGGCGGCGACACCGUCGCGUGCCCCAACUGCGGCGACGCCUUCUCCUCCGAGCACGCCGUCUCGGAGCACCUCGACGGCUGCCUCGCGUCGGCCGGCGGCGCCCGCGCCCGCGCGGCCGCGUACCUUGCCGGCAACCCACCCCCCGCGGCCGUCGAGGUCGUGAAGAAGCUUCUCGGCAACCUGCUCAAGGAGCCCGGCAACGACAAGUACAGGAGGGUCAGGCUCGGUAACCCGAGGAUCAAGGAGGCCGUGGCGGACAGGGAGGGCGGGCUCGAGCUCCUCGAGGCGGUCGGGUUCACGAUCGGGGAUGAGGGCGGGGAGCUCUUUGCCGUGAUGGACGAGACUCCUGCCGAAGCGAGACUUAGCGGGAUCAGGCAGGCUGUGCUCCUGCUUGAGAGGUCCCAUCCUUCGGCACCGCUACCGACGCUGGCCGGGUCUGAGUCCAAAGAGAGCUGCCGCAGCGGAGUCGAUGAGCAAAAGGAGGUUAACAAGAUUGUUGAUCGUCAGAUUCGGGUAUUCUUCAAUGUCCGUGGAAGUUCUGUUGCAGAAAUUGAUACACCGGAUUCUUUCUACAAACUUAGUGGUGAGGAGGUAAGGAAUGAGGCAAAGAUGAGGAGGGAAAGGCUGGAACAAUCUCGGUUGCUAAUUCCAAAGUCAUAUAAGGAGAAGCAGGCACUGGCUGCUCGACAGAAGUACAAACAAGCUGUCAUCCGAGUUCAGUUUCCUGAUGGAGUAAUUCUCCAGGGUGUAUUCCUUCCAGCGGAGGCUACUGGUUCACUAUAUGAGUUUGUCGCGGACGCUUUGAAGCAGCCAGGUUUGGAAUUCGAUCUUAUCUGCCCAGCUGUUCCUAGGUCACGUGUGCUACCGCAUUCUCCAAAUACAGGAGAGCGGGCACGCACGUUGCAAGAUGAAGGCCUGGUACCUUCUGCUCUCCUCAAAUUCAAGCCCAAUGAGACUGAUUCUGUUGUGUUCACCGGCUUGCUUGACAAGCUUCUGGAGGCUAGUGAACCAUUUACAGCUGCAUCCUCUUGAUUGUUGGAGUUCGGGCCCACAUUCUCCCCUCAAAUCUUCUGUUACAUUGGACUUCAUACUGUUGUAACUCAGUCACAGGGAUAUGUCAUCUGCAUACUCGAUAGGUUGAUUGAUAGUCUGGUACAUAGAUUGCUUGGCGAUUGCCAUACUUUACAUGGUAAAACCCAAUAAUUCAUCAGUCGCACCGUCAACUGUACCUGAGCGAUGAGUGAGCUAUACAAUGUGUAGUAUACAUUAACUUCCCUUGAUUUUGCAUUUGAUACUAAUACUAUCGUUAAUUCAGUA